AUGGCCGAACACACAGAUCCUCCACUUGAACCAACGGGACCGUACUUCCAAAGUUCCGGCCCCGACUAUCAAAACGGCACGCUGGGUGGACGGUACGAGCAUGACUUCGAUUACCCUACGUCGCUUGAGCCAACGGCGAACAUGUAUGCAGAUGCAGCUUACGAACUGCGGCAGCUUAACGCGCAAGUCGACUGCUCGGCAGAAGGCGGCAGCGAUCACAUUGGAGAACCGAUACAAGCUGCAAGCAACGCCGACGGCCAUUUGCGAGGGGAAGAACACAUUCAAGAGAUAUCUGCAGACAUCUGGACAGCGUCGCGUGGAAAAAGCCGUGCUGUUCGACCUCGCGAAUCCAAACGCAAGCGCACGCAGGCGGCCGACCACAACGAAGAAGACCACGACGACCCUCAAGACGCUAUUACACCUCGUUCCAAGCGCCCCACUAAGCGUACCACGCGCUCAGCCGCUGCAAAGUCUACCGUGAAUACUAGUGCAACAACCACCCCACCACAAGUCCAGCCCAAUUAUCAUUCAAUUCCCACCACAUUCCCACAACACUUGGCAAACGCCGUACACACGGGCAAGAUCUCGGCGGCCAGCGCAAUCGCGCUCUACCGUCCGGAAAACAAGGAUCUGAAAACGCGAUGUACGCGACUUCCCAUGGCGAAGCUAUUCGGCGCGUUCCAAGUGCCACCUGAGGAGUUUCUGGAACUCCAUGCCGCGGCGAAGCAAUACAUGCUCGAUCCGGCCUUUCCUGAACGUCGUGACUGUAUUGGGGAAAGAGCGAAGGGCGAAAUGCAGGUGGGGAAAGUGAAGCUGGCCAACUACGUCAAGGACUUCUUGGAAAAGGAUGGCAUCGGUGAGCGGUUCUUUGGCGAGAAUGCGGCCGUAGCUACGCCGGAUACUGCGCGUCAAGGUGCGGAAGGCGGCGGGGAGGAUGGCGGGGCCAGCGGCAGCCAGCAGAGGAAGAUCUGGCCGCGGGACGCAAAGGACAUCAUCACGAUGCUCACGCCGCUACUGAGGCGGAUGGUCACGAAUGAGCGACAGCGGCUGUACGCGCUGGAGCAGAGAGUGGCGAGGAACAAGGACCCAGCAUCCAAUACCGGCGUUGGACAACAGGAUCAGGAUGAACCGCCGGAGGACGUCGACCCGACAACUAUCACACCAAUACCGGCAGAGCAGGUUGUUGCCAAAGACCCACAGCGAGCGUACAGGCCUUCGGCGGAGAAUGUCCUGUACAUCCUCAUCACGAAGCGCAAUUUCAAGCUCCUUCCCAGGAUCGACAUACCGGCCCAGCAAUCCUAUCACCCUAUCUCAUUUCAGGCGCUGUAUGAGCUUAUAGAGAACCAAGUGCGAAUUGCGCUGAGCUAUCCAAGCGAGCGCUCUCGCUCCAGCUCAGCGCACAGUGUACCAACAAUGCCCAACAGAUCCGAACAGUUGACUUCCAAUUCGAACCCCCAAUCAGGCUUGGAGCAGCCCAACACGCCGGUAGCAGAACCGUUGAUGCCGCAUACACCGAAUAGUUACCUGACCGAACAGCCGCAAACCCAGCCACUGCCGUCGCCAAAGUUCGAGAUUAGGGCACACACGCCGCAUGGGCUGGUGCCGGUGAGGAGUGCGCAGGCGUGGGAAGAGGUAAAGGUUGAAGCGGCUCAGGCCAUCUGGAUGGAAGGGACACUAAGGGUCAUUGUGCGGGUCGAGUAA